UAUAUAAGAAGACAAAAUGGAGAACUACGACAGUUGUGUUUCAUCUUUUGCCAAGAAUGGAGUGUCUCGUGUGUAAGAUAGCGUUUAAAAAGGGAGAUCAGAAAAUUAAGUGCAAUCAGUGCGAGAAAUCGGUUCACCGACGCUGUUUUACAUCGAUUGACAAGGAUUGCUACAAGAUCGCAAAGCGGGACAAUUUGUUUACAUGUUUUUCUUGUGAACUGGAGAGUAUUCCCUCAGCCGCCGUUGAAGCUAAUUCGAUUCCGCUCCAGCAAUCACGACCUAAACGGAACAGAAAACCGAACCCUCGUUACGACCAAAGUUCUCCGAAGGGCGAAAUGCAGCAGUUAUUCCUUUCUCGGAUUCAGUUAUCGAUCCAACUUCUUCAACUACAAACAUAAUUGUCAAUGAAACAUUUACUAUUCAUAGCUCCUCUAACCACUCAGUCGUCCUUGAAGAAGUUGUCCCUCCAAUGCCGUCAAUAAAUAUGGACUUUCCAGAUAUUCCACAGGAAUUACUUGACAUGGCAGUUGCCAAUAUGUCUCUGAAUGACUCUGCAAUUAAUCCUUUUGAUUUUUCUUUUAGAUUAGACACUUCACUUCACCCGCCAAGCCCAGUUAGACCAGAAGAUAAUUCCACAGCUAGCAGAUCAUCCUUUGAAUCAGAGAAUGGAGAUACUGUUCAUUCGCCUCGUCACGUUACUCCGGUCCCCAUCAGAGAGAAAAGCCUGAUUUACGAGGAGCCAAUCACACCAGCAAUCCGGGUGAAACACUUUUAUAUUGAAUUUGGGGCUUCGAUAAGGGGAAAGGAUCAGUUGUUGGAUGGAAUAGGUAAUCGAUAUGGGAGAAAAAGCGAGAAACCCACUAAAAGUGGAGUAGUCACUUGGCUAUGUACGAGGCGUGGUUUAAAAGGUGAGCAAUCCUGUGCAGCGUUUGUAAAGCAAAAGGGAGAAGAAUUUAAGGAAGGUGAAAAGGGUCAUAGUCACCUUCCCAAUCCCUCUCUGAUUUUGAAAGUUCCCUUAGUAAAAAAAGUGAAAAAAAAUGCACUCUCCAAAAAAUUUGAAUCUGCUAAAACUAUUGCUGAAGAAGCACUUGUCCCAGCUGCUAUGCAGCAUCCAGAUUUAGAUCUACCGCAACCAGAUAAUUUAGCUAAGGCUGGCAAUUACAUCAGACAAAAGGACAGGCCUCUACAUCCAACCACCCUCCAAUUUGAAUUGCAACACCAUGCUCUGCCGAAGGAUUUUUUUGUUGGUGACAUCACUGUAGGGGAUAGACGGCACAUUUUGUUCGCCAGUAAAGAGCAGUUAAGGGAUUUGCAAAAUAUGCGUAGAUGGUAUGUUGACGGGACUUUUCAUGUGGCUAAACUUCCAUUUAGCCAGUUGUUCACCAUCCACGGGUUUGUCACGAAGAAUGGAAAGUCAAAACAGAUUCCAUUGCUCUAUGUGUUGAUGUCCGGUCGCGAGCUAAGCGAUUAUGUCGCGGUCCUUGAAAAAUUAAAAUCUCUUUUUGAUCCCGAGUAUGAACCUUGCUUAGAAGACGUGGUCUUGGAUUUCGAAACAGCGACCAAAAGAGCAUUUGAAGAUGUUUUCCCUGAUACGAAGAUUUUUGGUUGCAAUUUUCAUUGGACGCAAAGUGUGUAUCGUAAUCUAAAAAGACUUGGAUUUUCAGUAGCUUACAGGACAGAUUCAAAAAUCAAAGAGUUAGUGCGGGAAACAUUAGCUUUGCCAUUCGUUCCAUAUCAAGAAAUUCAAGGUUGUUUAAAAAAACUGAAGGAUCGAUCAGUCCAAUUAGUUGAUGAUUUGAUUGCAUUAAACGAAGAAAGAACCGACGAUAAUCUUCCACCAUUACGUAUUACAGAUCUGAGAACGUUCUUUGACUAUGUCGAGAAACAGUGGAUUACGAGUCGUGUUUGGUCUCCAGAUACUUGGAGCGUCUUUUUUCAAGAAGUGUGGACGAAUAAUGAUGCCGAAGGAAACUCAGAUGAAUUUGAUUAA